CUCUAAUUUCAAACUACGAUCUCCGAAGUCCGCCUCUGUCACUCAGCAAGAGAAAAAGUAUCGGCGCAACAAAAUCGCCGCUGCGUUUAGCUCCAUGAAUCCCCAAAUUUGAUCUCUUCUUUCUUCUUCUUCAUUCUUGGAAUCGAUUUUCCAAGACAAUGAUACAAUGGACGGCUUUGCCUACUCCAUUUUCAUUCCGCUCAGGUCAGUCAAUUUCUCUGUUCUUCUCCUUAAUCAAAUCUCUCUCAUUUUCCAUCUCUUCUUCUUCUUUUUCUUCUUUUUCACCCAUUUUAACACCAGAAGAAUCAGAACCCAUCUCCAUUGACCCCCUUUCUUCCCAGUUACUCAAUCUUCUUUCACAACCAAAUUGGCAAAAGCACCCUUCACUCAAGAAUCUAAUUCCUUCAAUUUCCCCUUCUCAUCUUUCUUCUUUUCUCUCACAAAACCCAAAUCUUAACCCCCAUAUCGCUUGUUCCUUCUUUGAUUAUCUCUCCCGUAUCCCUUCUUUCAAACCCAGUGUACAAUCUUAUGCACCCCUUUUGCGUAUUUUGAUUUCCAAUAAGCUUUUUAAGGUCGCUGAAAGAACGAGACUUUCUAUGAUUAAAUCAUGUGGGACAACUGAGGAUGUCGUUUUUGUGAUGGGUUUUGUGCGGGAGAUGAAUAAAUGUGAUGAUGGGUUCAGGUUUAAGCUUAAUGGAUGGGGUUAUAAUACAUUGUUGAUGUCAUUAUCGCGGUUCGGUAUGGUUGAUGAUAUGAAAUGUGUGUAUGAUGAGAUGUUGAAUGAUAUGAUUAAGCCUGAUAUUUAUACUUUUAAUACAAUGAUUAAUGGUUAUUGUAAAUUGGGUAAUGUUGUUGAGGCUGAGGUUUAUUUAAGUAAGAUCUUGCAAGCUGGUUUGAGUCCUGAUACACACACGUACACAUCGUUUAUAUUGGGGCAUUGUAGGAAAAAAGAUGUAGAUAGUGCUUUUAAGAUUUUUAGGGAAAUGCAAAAAAAGGGUUGUCGAAGAAAUGUCGUUUCGUACAACAAUUUGAUUCAUGGUUUGUGUGAAACGAGGAGGAUUGAUGAAGCGAUGAAACUGUUUUUGGAAAUGGGAGAUGAUGACUGUUCUCCUAAUGUACGGACAUAUACGAUUCUCAUAGAUGCAUUGUGUCGAUUGGAUAGGAGGGCAGAAGCAUUGAGUUUGUUUGAUGAGAUGAGGGAGAAAGGUUGUGAGCCCAAUGUUUAUACUUACUCUGUUCUCAUUGAUGGUUUGUGUAAAGACUCCAAGCUUGACGAAGCAAGAGUGUUACUAAAUGUUAUGUCAGAAAGGGGGCUAGUUCCGAGUGUGGUGACAUACAAUGCUUUGAUUGAUGGAUACUGUAAGAAAGGUUUGGUUGAUGUUGCAUUAAGUAUUUUUGACACAAUGGAAUCGAAAAGUUGUAUCCCAAAUGUACGUACAUACAAUGAAUUGAUUUCUGGAUUUUGUAGGGCGAAAAAAGUGCAUAAGGCAAUGUCACUACUUGAUAAGAUGCUUGAGCGCAAACUGUCUCCUAGUAAUGUCACUUUUAACUUGUUAGUUCAUGGACAGUGUAAAGUGGGUGAAAUAGAUAGUGCAUUUAGGUUGCUUAUAUUGAUGGAGGAGAAUGGUUUGUCUCCUGAUGAGUGGACUUAUGGUACUCUAGUUGAUGGCUUAUGUGAAAGAGGUAGAGUUGAAGAAGCUAAAACCAUUUUUUGUUCUCUGAAAGAGAAGGGUAUAAAGGUUAAUGUAGCAAUGUACACUGCUCUAAUUGAUGGACAUUGCAAAGCUGAAAAAUUUGAUUUUGCCUUCACAUUGUUUGAGAAAAUGAUUGAGGAAGGUUGCUCCCCAAAUGCAUGUACUUAUAAUGUGCUGAUUAACGGGUUGUGUAAACAGGGUAAGCAGCUAGAAGCAGCCCAAUUACUUGAAAGGAUGCCAGAAAAUGGUGUUGAACCUACAAUUGAGUCCUACAGUAUCUUGAUUGAGCAAUUACUAAAAGAAUGUGCCUUUGACCACGCGGACAGAGUUUUUAGUUUAAUGGUUUCUAGGGGACACAAGCCUGAUGUAUGCAUUUACACUUCCUUUCUAGUUGCAUAUCACAAUGAAGGGAAAUUGAAAGAAGCAGAAGAUGUGAUGGCUGAAAUGGAAAAGGCAGGAAUUAGGCCAGAUUUGAUGGCCUAUACAGUAAUUAUUGAUGGUUAUGGUCGUGCAGGAUUAUUAAAUCGAGCCUUUGAUAUGCUAAAAUGUAUGUUUGAUUCUGGAUGUGAACCUUCUCAUUACACCUAUUCCAUUUUACUUAAACAUUUGUCCCAAGGAGGACUUGAUCCUAAAACAGAGGCUAGUUUCAUUAAUAUUGCUGAUGUGUGGAAAGUAGUGAAAUAUGAAACUUUGCUUAAACUCUUUGAUAAAAUGGAGGAACACGGAUGUCCUCCAAACACAAAUGUUUUUAGUUCGCUUGCUAUUGGUCUCUGUAGAGAAGGACGUCUUGUUGAGGCUUCGAGGUUACUUGAUCAUAUGCAGUGUUGCGAAAUGUCUUCUUGUGAAGAUAUGUACACCUCAAUGGUAGAUUGUUGUUGCAAGUUGAGAAUGUAUGAGGAUGCAACAAGAUUUCUUGACACUAUGCUUACACAAGGUUUUUUACCACGCUUAGAGUCGUACAAGCUCCUUAUUUGUGGGUUGUAUGAUGAUGGAAACAAUGAUAAAGCUAAGGCAGCCUUCUUUCGACUUCUUGAUUGUGGGUACAAUAAUGAUGAAGUAGUUUGGAAACUUCUAAUUGAUGGCUUACUUAAGAGGGGACUUGUAGAUAGAUGUUCUGAGUUGUUGGAUAUUAUGGAGAAAAAUGGUUCUCGACUUAGUUCUCAGACAUAUACAUUGCUGCUAGAGGGACUUGAUAGAACAGACAACAAAUGAAGUAUCAAGUACCUGCUAUUUGUGAUUCUAUUGAAUAUGUUUGUUCAGUCAAAGAUGUACACAACUAGAUCUUCAUGUGCACCUUAGUACCCUGUUGCCUGAAUAAAGAUUUCUCAUUUGCAUUCUUUUGGGCUGUUCUUUUAAGGGGAAUUUGCCUUCCAUGAGAUCAGUUUGGAGUCCCCAUAUGGUAUAUGCAGCUACUUCUGACAGAUAGUGCCACCACUUGAUGUGCUAGCAUUGUUGGCAUAUUAGUUAGACAGCCAUGUCCAUUUCUGGAUCAUAUUGGAAUAAGAAAAG